AUGCCCUCGGCCUCCUCCUCCUCCUCCGCCGCCGCCGCGCCCGGGCGCACACAAUACCUGCGUCUGCGCGGCCACGCUGCGUUCCGCCAGCGCCUCGUCCUCGCCUGCCUCACCGGGCGGCCGCUGCGCAUCGACGGCAUCCGUGCCGAGGAUGCCGAGCCUGGCAUCCGCGACUUUGAGGCUGGCUUCCUGCGCCUGCUGGAGAAGUGCACCAACGGCAGCGUCGUCGAGAUCGGCUACACGGGCACGUCCAUCUCGUUUCGCCCGGGCACGAUCAGUGGAGGCGAUGUAGUGCACGACUGCGGCACGGCGCGGCCCGUCGGCUACUUCCUCGAGUGGCUCGCUCUGCUUGCGCCCUUUGCGAAGAAGGAGCUGCGCCUCACGCUCAAGGGCAUCACGACGGGCGAAGGAGAUCUUGGAGUGGACUUGCUGCGGACUGUGACGCUGCCGCUUCUCUCGCAGUUUCUGCCCGAGGGCACGAGCUUCGCGGCGCCUUUGGAGCUGCGUGUCCUGUCGCGCGGCAUGCCGCCGCUCGGCGGCGGCUCGGUGCAGUUCCGCUGCCCGCUCUUGCCGACGACGACGGGCCUGCGCACACUCGACUUCACCUCAGCCGGCCGCGUUCGCCGCCUGAGAGGCGUUGCCAGCGCCGCCCGUGUCAGCCCGAACAUGGCCAGCAGACUGGUGGAUAAGAGCCGUGGCAUCCUCGGCCGCUACGUGCCUGAUCUCUACGUCUUCGCGGAUGUGUUCCGAGGCGAGGAGGCCGGCAAAUCGCCAGGAUUCGCCCUGUCUCUCGUCUCCACGUCCACGACGGGCGUGCUCCACUGCGCCGAGGCGCUGUCUGGCCCCGGCGUGCCGCCCGAGGACGUGGCGGAGCGCGCAUCGCACGCGCUGCUGUGUGAGAUUGCGAAUGGCGGCUGCGUCGGCCGGUCGCACCAGGCACACGCGCUUCUCCUCAUGGCGGUCGGCCCGGAGGACGUGGGUCACCUGCGUCUGGGCCAGCUCACGGCGAACGCCGUCCAGAUGCUGCGCGACAUCAAGGAGUUUACGGGCGUGAGCUUCAAGAUCGCGCCGGCGCUCGACUCGGCCGCCGACGAGGCCGCAGCCGGCGACGACGAGGCAGAGCGGCCCAAGCGGCCGCAGGAGCUCAUCAUGAGCUGCGUUGGCUGUGGCGUGCGGGGCGCGCGCAAGGCCGCUUAGCGAUGCCUCUCGG